GAUGGCUACAUUCGAAGAAAGAUGCAGAACAUGCUGGCCCUCUGUCUCAUCCUCUUACUGGGAGAAAUAUCUGGGGGAAGCACGCUGAAUUUUGUUGGUUUACCUAGCGCAGGCAAAGUGACAGAACUUUCUCCCUCUGGUACUGUGGUAUAUACCUUCAGUGUCAACUUAUCACCAUCAAAUGCUACAGUGGACACAGGAUAUCCUGUCAUAAUAAACUCAAACCCACUCACAGAAGCUUUCAGAAUCAACCCUGAAUCUACCCUCAUGUACAAGGUUGUUACCACUGGAAGGCCUAUUCUAGAUUAUGAAACUAUGCCUCACCAGUUUGAUUUGCAGAUCUUUGUUAAGGACACAGCUGGGGCAAAUGACCUACAAAUCCUGACUGUCGAAAUACUUGAUGCAAACGAACCUCCUGUGUUUCGAGGCAAUAUGGCAAAUCAAACUGUCGUGAUCUAUAUGCUGGAAGAAAAAGAAGGUGUUAUUUACCAAAUUCAUGCAACUGAUUAUGAAAAUGGAACAAGUACAAGACUUGCUUAUUCACUGGCAUCUCCUGCACGAGACCUAUUCUUUGUUUCUCCAACUGGAACCCUUAGUAACUUGAAGAAAUUUGAUUAUGAGACAGAUCCAAGAUUCUAUAUAUUAAACAUUACAGCGACAGAUCACCUUGGUCUGAAUACCACUAGGACAGUGAUUGUCAAUAUAAUAAACAUCAAUGAUGAAUGGCCUUACUUUAUCACAGAAAAAAGAGAUUUCCAGAUUGAAGAAGAAAGUAAACCAGGAACAAUUGUUGCCACAAUAAAGGCCAAGGAUCCAGAUGAUGUUUAUAUUAGCAGCCUCCGCUACAGCCUCAGUCCUCCUGAAGUGAUUCCUAAUUUCUCCAUAGAUCCAGUAACUGGUGAGAUUCAAGUGGCUGCAAUAAUAGACAGAGACACAGGGCCAUUCAGAAACCAGCCCAAUGUUACUUUGGUAAUUCGUGUUGUGGAUAGUCCUGAUGGUGGACGAAGUAAUCAAACUACAAUUGUUAUAACCAUUAAAGAUAAGAAUGAUAACCCACCAACAUGUACAAAAUAUAAUUUCAGAACGGAGAUUUAUGAAACAAACAACACUGGAACAAUCAUUAUUGACUUGAAAAAUUUUUGUGAGGAUGUUGAUGCAGAGUCACCAAACAACCUGUUUAACUUCACUGGACUGUCUGGAGUUGGAAGUAAUAAAUUCACACAAGACCCACCUGGCUCUGGAAGAAUUAAGUUGAUAGGCAAUCUGGACCUUGAAAAUGCAGCAGAUGGAGCAGCACUGUGUGAAUAUAUACUGAACAUUGUGGUGCAGGAUAUUGUUCCACCUAACUUUCCUAAUAAUCUGUACAUUUAUAUCAGAGUACUGCCGGUCAAUGAGUUUGAACCAGUCUUCAGUAGCCCUUUGUAUGUGUUCAAUGUGUCAGAAAUAGAAGCAACUGAUUCUAACAUCGGAAUAGUAAAUGCUACAGACAAAGAUUUCUCAUACUCUAAAAUAUCCUAUUCGAUUGUGGCUGGAGGAGGCACCCUUUACUACUCAGAAGUAUUCUGGAUUGAUCCUAUAGAGGGCAUUGUGAAAAAUGUUGCUAAAUUAGACUAUGAAACCAAGAAGAAGUACCUUCUCACUGUGCAGGCUUCUGACAACGAGGGAAGGAGUUCUACUGUGUCAGUGACUGUUAAUGUUCUUGAAGCAAAUGAUGAAAAACCCAUUUGCUCACCCAAUUCAUAUUUGCUGGAGGUUCCAGUGGACCAACAGUUUGGCACCAUCAUUGAGGGUUUCAGUAUUGAGUGUGUAGAUCGGGAUUCAAGUCCCAGAUCUUUCCGUUACAGUAUUAACUCUGGCAACGUGAAUAACCAUUUCACUUUUUCACCAAGUGCUGGCUCUAAUGUCUCCUGGCUAUUACUUACAUCUCCAUUUGACUAUGAAAGAGGCCGAGAUACAAUGUGGAUCUACAGACUGAAAGUCUUCAUAACAGAUGAUAAUUUGUUAUCAACUACAGAAAGAACUGCAGCCCUCAUUCAAACCGGCACAGUGACAUUAACCAUAAAAGUCAUUCCAAACCCAACCACUGUGGUCCCUACUACACCUGGUGUUACCCUUGUGACCAGUAAAGAGAACGUCUAUUUUGUGUCUGCUUGGUAUGUACCCUUCAUCAUUUGCCUUGGCAGCUUUCUGCUCCUUGGAGUUCUGGGGUAUCUAAUCUACUUGCUGGCAAAAUACAUCCGCACCCACUGUCCACCAAAACCCAAGGCAGAUAAAAAACCGCUGAUAAAGAAGCCAGAGAAGAAGAAGGCCAAGAAAGAAGUGGUUUGGGAGCUGACUAAUCUAAACCCUAUCUUUGAUGGGGAAGCAAGAGAUCCAGUCACUGGCAAAUUGUAUGAAUUUAAUUCAAAAUCUGGGGCUCGAAGAUGGAAAGAUACAAAUGAGCCUCCCCUGUCAGAAACAAAGGAACCAACGGCACAGGCAACAACAACAACUACUACUACUACUACUACUAAUACAAGAAGUGGGCAAGCAAAUCUAAGCAAAAAGGAAGCUGAGACUAGAAAGCAGGGAGGACAAAACAACAUGGCACCAAAGCCCUCUGAAAAGAAGACUGAGAUUUCUGAUCAUAAUAGCAACCUAAAAUUACAGAAGCCAAAAGAAGAACCUCCGAGCAAAGGGUCUUCUUCACCUAUUCCUACACAUGGAUCGCCAGUCCUCUCUCCCAAAAUAUACCCCCAAAUCCCCAAUUAUUCCUAUUAACAUUGUCCUGCAAAGUGCAUUAGUGCAUAUUAGUUCAUUGUGAUAGGAGAUGUCCAGAAGAUGCUCCCCUAACUAGUUGCAUUCACAUUGCUCCCCUCUCCAUCCUAAAACCUUGUCCACACUUUCCAAUGGCUAGUUUAAAAUAAAAUAAAAAACAAAGUACACAGAACUUAGGAGUUAAAUGUUUGCUUUGCGUAUUGAUGAAGCAGAAGAAAACCUUUAUAUCACGAUCUCAGAGCUAGAACGAUCAAUAAUCUACCAUAUCUGGGUA